AGUGCAGUGUGCCAGAAGCUCUAUACAUCUGAAAGGGCAGCUGAUCUGAGACCUGGCUGGUGGAUAUUUAUGCAGUAACAGAUGGAAAGGUCUAAACAACAUACGAUCCCAGUAAGUAGUUUUGAAGUCUAUCCCCUGUAUCCAGGCUGUGCCGUCUCAGAGGGACCAUGGUAAACGAAGCACAUCAUUCAACCUAUCAAAUUGUUAUACCUAUUCCUGAAGCACUUAAAUAUGGACUUUUGGCUCUAUCCAUUUUCUUGUUUCUGACAGCACUAUUGAUUCUAGCUUGCAAGGUGCACCAGUAUUACAAGUACAAAUCAUCUGUCAGUAUGAAAGAGAAAAUAUUUGUGAGAAAAGGAAAUCAUGAAAAGAAAGCAGAUGGUAAAAUCCUGGUGAAAAGCUUAGCUCCGAGUUUCCUGGAAAUAUCAAAGAAAGAACAAGACUCAAAGAUUCAGCAUAUGCAGAAAGAAAUGGAGAAGCUGGAAGUACGUCUGACUCCCUCACCACCCAGCACUGAGAGUUUAGAUGAUGUGGGCAGUGACUCAGACCAGCUACAGGGUUCACGGGGGAAGUUGAAAUUUUCUCUUCUUUAUGAUAAAAAGAAGCUGACAAUUCUUCUCAAAGUCAUAGAAGCCAUGGAACUUCCAGAACAUAGCAGGGACCCUAUUGUCAAAAUCAAGGUCUUUUCUAGAGAAGAUGAACAGCAAUAUGAAGUACAAUCUCUUCUUCAUGAAUGGGAAACCAAAGUAGUAAAGAAUAGCAGAAACCCUUUGUUUGAUGAGGAAUUCUCCUGGUCUGUGAAGGAAACCCCUCUGUCAAAGAUUACUGUUAAGUUUGAGGUAAAAGAUUUUGACAAAUAUUCAAGGCACACUUUAAUAGGAGAGACAAGAACAUCACUCAAAGACUUGAAAGCAUCUGAAACACUUGAAUUCUGUGAAGAUCUGCAACAAAAAACUAAGGAUAUCAUCGGUGAGGUUCUUGUGUCACUUAAAUGUCUUCCUACAUCUCAGAAGAUAGAGGUUGGAAUACUGAAAUUCAGAACUUCUUCACUAAGUAAAAUCCAGGACAGAGAUGUCUAUGCAAGAAUAGAUGUCUUUAGCAACCAUCACAAACAGAAACAUCAGAAAUCCAGCCUGCGAGCAAAAUCCAAAGUUACUGUAUUCAAUGAGACAUUUUUAUAUAACCUACCUGAUCCCAACAAAACACAAUGUGUGAUCCUCAUAUCACUCUAUGAAACCAUAGAAAGUGGGCGGCAGCUUAUUGGACAAACCACUUUAGGAAACCAGAACACUCGUUUAGAUGAUGAUCAUUGGGACCUUAUGAUGAAGUCACUACGACAACCAGUGGCUAAGUGGCAUCCAUUGUUUAUUUAAAAAAUAUAAAGGUUCUGAAAUGUUUGACGAUCUUCAGAUAUAAUAAAAUAACCAAGAUGCACAGAUCCAUUGAACAAUGUUCUUUUGACACAUUUUCAUUGGUUAUAUUAUGGCCCCGCCUCCUUGUUAGAACCUGCAAAAGAGGAAGUUACCACAUGUGGAUGGGAAUUCAGUUAACUGAUAUAUUUGUACUUGUGCUAUUGUUUAGCUCAGAUUGGAUGAAAGUGGCAUCCUUGGUUAAUAUGCACUGUAAAUAAAUUAGUGACAGGAAAGUUAGAAUUAAACUUUCAUGGUUCAGAUACAGAUAGGGUUGCCACUUCGGCCAUGCUUUCCUGGAAACUUAUGAGUUGCACAUGCUGCAGGGUGUGCAGGGAGGAACAUGUAUUGUGUUUCUGGACAGCACUAUUUAUAUUCCUCCCCGCACACCCUGCAGCAUGUGUAACUUAUAAGUGUUCUGUAUUUUAAGGGACAGGUGGCAACCCUAGAUACAGAAAGCAAUUUUAAGAGACUUCUCAAUUUACAUCUAUUAUCGAUUUUACUUGAUUCUUUGUUGAAAAGAAUACCUAGGUAGGCUCAGGAGCAGUAAUGCACCACUGAUUGGUGGCUGCACACAUAUGCCCUUUGUAAUUAAAUAACCAGAAAUGUUUAACUAGGCCAGAUAUUUUAGAACUACAUUUCCCAUGAUGCUUAGGCAGCUUAAAGACACUUAAGCAUAGGCCACUUAAAAACAAUUAAGCAUCAUGGGAAAUGCAGUUCUAAAACAGCUGGAGAGCCAAGGUUGCUGACCCCUGAACUAGGCCAAGUAAUUUGUUGCUGCUUUGAAGCUCACUUUAAUUAUCUGUUUAAAUACAUAGUUAUAAGUAAGCAAUAGUGUGAUUUAUAAAAUAAAUCAAUAAAAUAAAUCAAUACCACAGUAUUUUCUGUUUUGCACUUUUAUGUUUAUUUAAAGGGAUAUACAUAUGCAAAAAGGAAAUGCUCUAAUAUGUUUAGAGUAUUUUAUUAUCACACAAUUGCUUGUAAAUAACUGUGUGUUUAACCUCAGCAAAGGGAUUAAACACAAAGUUAAAGUUUACUCCAGAGCAGCAAUGCACUAAUGGGAGCUAGAUGAACACAUCUAGUGAGCCAAUGACUAGAAACAAAUGUGUAUAGCCACCAAUCACCAGCUAGCUCCCAGUACUGUAGAAUAUGUACACAUUUUAUUUUUCAAUAAAGGAUACCAAGAUUACAAAAUAAAUGUGAUAAUAUAAUUGUCUUAAAAUGACAUGCUCUAUCUGAAUCAUGCAAGUACAUAUAAGCAAACUGGAAAAAAAGAAGAUAUUAUAAGUGGAUCAUAUUUUUCUGUAUUUUAGAUGUACAUAUUUUUCACUGCCUUUUAUUUGUCUACACAACCUAAUGUAAAAAGUAAGAAACCAAAAAAGGUCUAAAUAAAGUAGAAAUAGCUGUGUCUUAUAUAGUCAAGUUUAAAAAUGAAAAGCUGUUUAUGGAAGGGAAGCAAGAGGAAGCCGUUCAGUUGGUUAAUAUUGUUUAUUUAGGCUUUAAUAUAAGAAACAUAUCUAACAUGCAAAUGUAUGAGUUGUACAGAUAAUAUGUUUUAUUACUAGUCCCAGGCGCUUACUGGAAGAACACGUCAGCUGUAUGUCAUAACAAUAAAAUAAAAUGCUCAAAACAUC